AUGGCGAAGAAUAUGAGUAAUACGGAUUACCGGAAAUUGGAUGUAGAUGCGUUCGAUCCGGAACGAUAUCACGAUCUUGACGAUGGUGAAGAAUCGGCUGGUCCUGAUGAACGUUUAGUUUCGCAGUUAUUGCAAACAUCUAAGCUAAAUGAAGCUCUUAAAGCUGCUCUCAUGAAUCCACCAUUAAAAACGAAAAAUCAAAUUGUAAAAAAUCGGGCGACAGCACUCGUCACACGAGUCCUUACUAGUUUUAAAACAGCUGAUAUGGAAAGUACAGUGCAAAAUUUGACAAAUGAUGAGGUCGAUCUUUUAAUGAAAUAUGUUUAUAAAGCUAUGGAUAUUCUCGCCGAUAAUUCCACUUGUCAAUAUUUGCUUGCUUGGCAUGCGCAGUUAUUGGCGCGAGGCGGUUAUGGAUCAAUUGUUCGCGUAUUAUGCGAUCGUCAGAGGCUCUAA